UAAAUACAGAAUGGAGCUUUGGAUCUUGGCAAUUCUAACAGCCCUCAUACAUUCCACAGUAGCUGCAACAGCUAAGUAUAAUAAUCUAUCUGGGGGCUUGGAAAAUGAGGCUUUGAUUGUGAGAUGUCCUAAACAAAAAGGAGCUCAUUACCCUGUGGAUUGGUAUUACUCAAAAACAAACAAAAGUAUCCCCACCCAUGAAAGAAGUCGUGUAUUUGCCUCAGGUAGAAAUCUGAAGUUUCUACCAGCCAAAGUGGAUGAUUCUGGUAUUUAUACCUGCAUCAUCAGAAGCCCCAACGUCAAUAAGACUAGAUAUGUAAAUGUUACCAUAUAUAAAAAACAACCAGAUUGCAACACUCCAGAUUAUUUGAUACAUUCCACAGUAUCUGGAUCAGAAAAAAAUUCCAAAAUAUAUUGUCCUACAAUUGACCUCUACAAUUGGACAGCACCUCUUGAGUGGUUCAAGAAUUGUCAAGCUCUUCAAGGAUCAAGAUACAAAGCACACAGGUCAUUUUUGGUUAUUGACAACGUGAUGAGUGAAGAUGCCGGUGAUUACACGUGUAAAUUUACCCACAAUGAAAAUGGUGUCAAUUACAGUGUGUCAGCAACCAGGUCAUUCACAGUUCAAGAUGAUCAAGCCUUUUCUUUGUUUCCAGUUAUUAGAGCUCCUCCAUACAAUGAAACAAAGGAAGUGGAAAUCGGAGAAACAGUUAACAUAACUUGCUCUGCUUGCUUUGGGAGAGGCGCUCAGUUCUUGGCUGUGGUCCUUUGGCAGCUUAAUGGAAGCAAAGUUAAGGACUUUGGUGAAGGAAGAAUUCAAGAGGAGGAGGGACAGAAUCAAAGUUCCAGCAGUGAGAUGACUUGUCUAAACAUGGUGCUAAGGAUAGCUGAUGUGAAGGAAGAGGACCUGUCACUGAAAUAUGACUGUCUGGCCCUGAAUUUGCAUGGCGUGAGAAGGCACACCGUAAGGCUGAGUAGGAAAAAUCCAAUUGAUAAUCCAAGCAUCUACUACAUAGUUGCAGGAUGUAGUACCUUAUUAAUGCUAAUCAAUGGCUUGGCAAUCAUCCUAAAAGUGUUCUGGAUUGAGCUUAUUCUGCUCUGGAGAGAUAUAGUUAGACCUUACAAAACUAGGAAUGACGGAAAGAUCUAUGAUGCUUAUGUUAUCUAUCCUCGGGACUACAAAGCUAGUCCAGAGGGAGCCGGUCCUGUGGAGUACUUUGUUCACCAGAUUCUGCCUGAUGUUCUUGAAAAUAAAUGCGGAUACAACCUCUGUAUUUAUGGGAGAGAUCUGCUACCUGGAGAAGAUGCAGCCACUGCAGUGGAAAGCAGCAUCCGACAGAGCCGGAGGCACAUCUUCAUCCUGACUCCUCAGGUCUUGCAGAGUAAAGAGUUCGCCUACGAGCAGGAGAUCGCCCUGCACAGCGCCCUCAUCCAGAACGACUCCAAGGCCAUUCUCCUUGAAAUGGAGGCUCUGAGCGGACCAAGUGGCCUUCAGGUUGGGGAGCUUCAGGACUCCCUCAGGCAUCUCAUGGAAGUGCAGGGCACCAUCAAGUGGAGGGAAGACCACGUUGCCAACAAGCGGUCCCUGAAUUCCAAAUUCUGGAAGCACGUGAGGUACCAAAUGCCUGUGCCAAGCAGACUUUCUAGUUUGACUUCCCAGGGGCAAUAGUGCUUGCUGGGACGAGCUCAGGUGUCUGAAUUUGUGGAUCUCUGAACUCCUCCUAGCUGGAUCCCACCCCCCUGAGCAGACACGGGCCGCUGAGGCAUGAGGACUAGGACUGCCCAGGCGUUCAGGCCUCAGUGUUCAUCUAGUAACUUUACUUCCAUUUCCAGGAUUCUGGGGGGAUGCUGAAUGCCCCCCAGUUUUUCUCAAUCUUCCCCCUACCCGGCAUCCCCACCCCAUUUCCUUCCCUUUCUCUCUUUGCUUGCCUCUCUCUAUUGCAGGACAGGGUCUUUCCCCUGUGCCCUUUUUCUUUCUUUCCAUCUUUCUUGUUCUCUUUCUCUUCAUUCCAUUUCUCAACAAUCUCCAAUCUGAACAUUCAUAAUGAGCUCAGGAAAUCGCCAAAAAACCUGAAUUCUUGUGUAAGUAUUACCACGAAUCUCUCUUAUUUCUUCCUCUGUGUAGUGAAAGUAAUGGA